AAAAAAUAUUCCCUUUUUCAUUGCACAGCCAAAGUUAACAAUGAAGAGCCCAAAUUACGUGGUCAUUUAUGUGAUCAGUGUUCUUCUUGUUUUGGUCUUUAUAGCGCUGUCCAAUUAUAAAAUAGAGAUGGUGCGGCCGAGAAGUGCCACAGCUGAAACGAUAAAGACACGUCAGAUUUCUAAAGACGUUACAGAUCUAUCACAGGCUGAUCUAAUCAAAAACUUAACGGAUCUCUUACUGUUCAGACUCAAUCAACCCAACAAUGCAGCUAAGAUACUUUACACUGAAUCAUGUGACAUUGUGGCCUCCAAAAGUGAACUCGCUUGUACAAACUACAGCUGCCCUAGGGGAAUUAACCCUGACCCAGAAGCCCGAGUAAAAAACAUGGUGAUGUCCCCUAAACUCAGUCUCUCUCCUGAACAGAGAGACGUGAUUCUGACCAUGGGGAAGACCAUACCGGAGAAUGAUGUCAUUAUCCUGUCCGCUAGUUCAGCAAACCAUUAUGCUGAGAUGCAGGCCAUGUUCCAGAACUUACACACCGUAGUCUACCCCAACAUGGCGAAUUUCACUAUGGUUUUAUUUGACAUAGGACUUACCAAGGAACAGAGGUUGAAGACUGAAAGUAAGUGCAAAUGUCACGUGGUCACAUUCCCAGUUCAUUUAUUCAAAGAAUACAUGAAGAAUAAUAUUUGUUAUGCCUGGAAACCUUUGAUUGUACUGGCCUCCAUUGUUAAGGCAAGGAAGUAUCUAGUCUACCAGGACGCUUCAGUGAGAUGGAUGAAUAACUUUCAUAUCACAUUCGACAGAGCAAACAUUUACGGUCAUCAGAUGCUCCGUUACAUAAAAUCUAUACGGACAACACUCAACACUUAUCCGCAGAUGUUCCAGUACAUGGAAGAAGAUCCCUGCACGUUCAUGCCCUACCCAGAGAUCAACGGCGCCCCAAUGCUGCACAAGAAUGACCCACUUGUCAUCAAAACAGUCCUGGAGCCUUGGGCUCGAUGUGCCCUGGAAGAAAGUUGUAUUUGUCCUGUAGAGCCUAAGAAAUGUAUUAGAUGUAUACGAGAUAAUUUCACGAUUCACAGAUGUCACAGAUUCGAUCAAUCGGCCAUAACUCUAAUCAUGGGCAAAAUGUAUGGAGACGAUGUCUACAGAUUUAUCGUCCCUGAUGGGAAGUUACGUGUCCGAAUUGAAAGAGAGCAUAAAGCAAACUAUUUUGAAAAUUAAGGCAUUAAAAUAUAAUGAACUAAUUUAA